AUGACUGUUAUAUGCACCUCAGUAGCCUGUGGAUGGAAGCCCUUGAUUGAGCAUUAUUGAGGGUCUCCAGCUUUCGUGUUUUUAAGGUAAGAGAGUCUGGCACAGAGCCAAUGGAAUUGACUGUCAGGAUGAGCUUCAGUAAAUUUUGGUUCCUUUGUCAAUAUCCCAGAGUUCUACUCUUUUUGCUGUCCCUACAUUGGGAUGGCAUGAACUGUGAGCAACAUCCUGGGUUUCACAUAGAUGGACCAGAGUGGGUGACAGUGCAGAGGGGACUCUGUGUGCUCAUCCCCUGUAACUUUACUGUUGGCCCCAGUUAUAACUUAACCAAAGAUGCCAUUGGAAUCUGGUAUAAAGGAUAUAAAGGACAUCCAAAUGGCCCAGUUGCAGCUUCUACUGACUCCUCUCAGUUCCCUGAUACAACAAACGGGCGCUUUAUAUUCACUGGGAAAGUGAGUGCAGGAGACUGUUCCUUCUCUAUCAGUGAUGCACAACCAGGAGACACUGACCAGUACCGGUUCAGAAUUUUGGAUAGAGAUCCUUUAAAAUAUAACUAUUACCGUAUCCAACCAAUUGUAUCUGUAACAGACCUGAAAGAACCUGAUAUAUCUCCCACCAAUGAUCUGAUCGCUGGUGAAGAAGUGACUGUGACUUGCACGGCUCCUACACACUGUCCUGGGCUCUCUCCAACCUUCACAUGGGAAGGAAGUGUAAAUACAGAAAAUACACAGAAUAAUACAUUGAGGCACCAAGAUGGGACUGUCACCUACUGGUCAACUAUCACUUUCACUCCAUCACUGAAACACCAUAAUUCCUCCUUAACCUGCACUGUGACUUAUACAAGUUGGUCUACUAAAGCUAGCAUCACCUUAAUUGUUGAUGAUCCCAAGGAAGCGUGUUUUGAUUCAAAACUGAUUCCCGCAAUGGUGGCUGGAAAUAUUUUUAUUUUAACACUGAUGGGCCUGGGAUUCCUAUGGCUCUUCAAAAGGACCAGGAAAACGCAAGAAAAAGGAAUACAGAGAGAGACAGCAGCCAGGAUUGAAGACUGCCCUGAUAAGGGUGUAUUAGCCGAAGGAGGAACAAGAGUCAGUCCAGAGGAGGAAGACCCUAUAUAUCAAAACUUCUGAGUUGGCACACACAAUGUGAACAGCGCAGUGAAUGGACUAAACAUCGUGAACUUGCUGAAUGGACUAUGCCCUCCUUAGUUGUUACAUUGGUUUACUUAGAGAAUUAAUUCUUCAUUAUUAAUUCUACAGCAAUUUUGUUUUCUAUCAUUUAGUAUAACAGUCAGCUACAUUCGUUUUUCUUCAUGCCAAUAUAUGCACCUCUGUUAUAUUUUCUAAGCUUGAUAUGCUCAAGUUGGAUCUGUUAGUUACUGUAUAUACUGGGGCUGAUCUACUAACACAACGGCUAAAUUGCAACAGUGCAGUAACUAAUAGCAAUUAAUCACAUAUUUACUUUUACCAAUUGCUCAUUUCUUGUGCUUGGUAACUGCACCAGUAUAGUGUAGACCACUCAUUCAUAAAUCAGCACUAUUUCAUUUAUUAUAGUACUUAGGGGCAGAGUUAUCAAAAUGUGAGCAUAGAGCUUAAAGGGAUCCUGUUAUCGGAAAACAUAUUUUUUU